GACUAUUUCUCCUCACUUUUCUGUUGUUAACAUUUUUAUGAGGAUAACUAUGUUCCUAUGAGGGGAUCCCCACAGAGCAAAACUGUGUGUACACAAAAGGUGGUUAUUCUGUCUCCCAUCACAUUUCUCAUUACACAGAAAAGUUAUGACUUACUUACUUCAGGAUGCCGUCUAUUGGGUGCAAGGCCAAUGAGAAGUUUACAAAGAGAGCUUAUAAAUUCCUGGUUGAGGUCAUUGUUUAUGAGAGCUAACAGAGGUUUGGCUCAUGUCCUGAAGUUUUCUCUCUUUUCCCCCCCUCUGCUCCCCCUGUCUUUAAAGCUGUGUUGCCACUGCGGAUUUCACCUCUCGACCAAACCCUUCAGACGCACUGCUGGUGGAGAGUGAAAGACGCUCAUCUGUUCGUUUCUGAGAGGUGAGUCCAAGCUGGGUUCAACUCAGACCGUAAGCCUGCUGUUCAGUUCACUUCAGGUGAUUUUACUGAGGAAGAGCGGUGAAAGACGAUAUUCAGACAAGUUUUCAUCCCGUUUCAGUGCGGUUAGGUCAAAUGUGUGAUUGCAACGUGUUGUUCGUGGAUGGAGAUGAACUAACUUCCUUUAUCAGUCUACAGGACCUUUCUGAAAAACUCUCACAUGAUCGACAGUUUUAAUAUUUAAUCUGACCAACGAUGCGCAACAGGUGAUAACAGGGUUUGGCACUGCAGCUGCGCAUACUGUGCGCUUUCGAUUUACCCUAUCCCUAUUCAACGAGCUGUUAGCUCUUUUAUUUUUAUCUUUUUAAUUAUAUAUCAGGUGCAGGUUGACUUUUGAACAUUUUAUUUGAUCAGUUAUUGGUUUAUCUGUCUAAUAUGUUGAGUACUUUGGCAGGAGAGGUGCAUAACCCGGUCACAGCUCCUGCUUCAAUGUGUAUUUAUAGCCGAAGCAUUUUAGAGGUAGCUUAGCCUAUAUAUCAUUUUGAUUUAUUUACAGCUCUAAUUGGUUACUUAGUGUUCAGACCUUUAUUUCUAGAUUUGCAAAAUAAAAGGACUACCAGUUGCUUCCAUAUCAGGUAGAAAUAACUUGCCUUUAUCAUCCAGUGACUGAGUUGGAACUGCGUGUAUACAAAGAAGGAAAAUGACAUAAAUAUGACAUAAAUGUUACUGCGAUGAAACAUUUUAUAGAUCAGCAUGAGAUAUGGACAUAUCGUGUCCAUAAAAUAUAACUUCAGCUGUGCUUAUUUAAAGUUCAUUUAAAAACAUUUUUCUGUCCAACUUACCAUCUUAAAGUGUACUUUAACUACGCCUGUUAUUAAAAUGUACUUAGAGAGUAUGCUGAUUAGCUUUAUAUUAAUGUUUUCACCUAAAUCACGUCUAUUUCACUCUUCCUAUUGGUCUACUUUAUGUUAGAAUAUGCUCGAUACUUCCAUUUCAAGUGCUUUAGAAAUAUAAGUUGACCAAUCUGCUGUGAAAACAUACUUAAUACUAUCAUGUUAGACAAUUUCCUUUAGUCUACUUUGAGAGAAAGGACAUUUUGCAGAAUUUUUGUGAUGUAUUUUUGUUUUUUUUAAUCAAAAGAUAUUAUAGUUUACUGUGUUUAAAUGUUAAAAACUGAAAAUAUUUAAAUAUACCAACCAAAUCUUAAUUGGUAUUGACUUAAAUGGUAGCAUAUGUCUAAUAUAUUCAUAAAAUUUGUGUAAAAAUUACACACAUGCACACUGAAUUCAUUAUCUCCACAGUCAUCUUCUGUAGGCUAUAUAACAUUGGCUCCACCAAUGCUGCUGUAUAACAUCUGCUAAUGAGGCUUUUAUAUUCAGCUCUGCCAAUGCACAGUCAUAAUUGAGAGCAUCGUUAUGGUACUUGUACUGAGUGUUAUAUAAACUGGUACAAACAGUGUGAGUACUGUUGCUCUAUUGACUGUAGCAGACCUAUAAAUCCCACUUGUUUAGACUGGACAACGUGAAGUCCUCUGCUGACACCUUCACCAUGAACAUCAGAGCCCAAAGGUACCAUUAGUGCCCUGAAACUCUUAAAACACCCACCAGAUUACCGUCUCCUCCCUUCUAGUCUGGAUUGCCGCCAAACCAAAUGAAUGAUGUCAUAACAGAGACCUGAAGAUUACAGUCCUUUUCUCUGGCACAGUGGACCUCCUUGUGGCUGCAGUAUGACCUCACCAUCCUUCUAAUCCCAUAAAAAACUUUGUACUCCAGCGAGAAAUGACUUAAACCACUUUUGACUUCACAAGAAAACAGUUUCCCUGGAGCUUUUAUUAUUUAUUUAUUUGCUGCAAUUUAUAAAUCACUUUUAAGACUGUGAUCUCAGAAGUCUAUUUUAAAUUUUUGAUGUAAAAUCGGCACAAAAGCAGUGUACCAGUCCAGCAAGGCAGUUGCGCAUUAUUCAUUCAUAAAGCCUGGUAUGUAAUGUGUUAUUUAUACCCAACUUCAAACACGCUGUUGUGUUCAGUGCCAGUGAGCUCCUCUCUUCUUUCAGACCAGCAGAGAAAGUUUGGUUUGGUUUUUCUCAGGCAGCCUGGAGUUUUCCAGUUUGCAUCGACAGAGACUUUUUAAAAAGGAGACAGUUUCAUCACCUCUUUUAUUCUUGCAAAUGGAGCAGAGAGAUUGGCGGGGGGUGACCGAGUUGAUGAAACACAAGAAACAGCACCAUCACCAGGGCUGAUUGAGGCUGAGCCAGUGUGGCAAAAAUCUCCUAUGUGGAUGUCAAAUCUCCACUGCUUUCCUCUUUCUUUUUCCCUUUGAACCGCUGAAAAAUCUCUGCAGAAAUUGCACAUGAUUACUGUUUUUUAAAAAAUGGAGAAAGUGGUGCAUGAAUGAUCAGAAAGAGAGAUCAAAAACUUAAAGGAACAGUAAGAGGGAGAGUUCAAAAGAGCAAAUCACUAUUUAACUCAGUGAGGUAAUAGUAUAAAAGCAUAAAAUUUGCAUUGAAAAUAUUGUAAAUUAAAGAUAACAAGGCUCCUCAGAUGAGUUUUCAGAUUGGGGAUAAUGUAUAGUGAACAGGUUGUUAUGCAGGUUAGAAUCCUGACUGGGAUAACCAUGGAGUAAUUUAAGACAGACACUGAUCUAAACUAUUGGGUUAAAGGAAUUGACUUCUAAAUUAUCUAAACAUAUAGCGAAAAAAUUGCCCCUUUAAUUCUCAUUGCGAGUGCUGUUUCUAUGGCAACACAUUUUCAUUAGCUUCCUUGUAGGAGAAAUUAACUCAUCAAACUCAUCAUCUGCCUGUUUGACUUGACAUAAUUCACAUUGAACUGACAAAGUGAACACAAGAACAUUUGUUAUUUUCUGCUCUGAUUCAGCUCUUCUUCUCAGAGCUUUGGCACACCUUUAAAAAUAAAUUAGCAAAAGUUACAAUCAAUAACAUUGUUGUUGUAACAUUACUACCCCCUCACUACCCCUUAAAUCAUUUUGUAACUAUCAGAAACUUGGGCCAUCUCUGCUGUUGCCUAGUUUGAAGAAUCAGAGAUGGUUGCUCAAUAGAUGUCAGUAUUUCCUACUCUCAGGAUCCACAAGCAAUUUUGCCACGGUGUGAACAGGCAGAGGUGAAAUGUGCCAGACUGCAUUCUGCAGGUUUAUUUUACUGAUAGUCAUGAACUUAGGUGCUCUUAGCAUUGGAGAAAUAACCUCUGUUGUUACAGGGUCUUGACCAUCAAAAUCAAGUAUCUGAACCAGACUGGCCAGGUAAUAACUAGCUCUAAAGCAGAAUAAAAUCAAUAGUGAUGCUUUUUGAUGUGCUACUAAAGCAAAAAUACUGUUAUUUUUUCUUUGUUGUGUUGUUGUUAAAUGGCUGUAAUCACAUGCAAGAAUUAAUUAAGACAAGACGUUUUAUGGCGUAAAAGCAGCUUUUUUCAUUAGCCACAGGAAAGGCUAACUGUAAGUAAUAUUUGCAACUGCUAAAAAGGAUGAGGGUAUGAGUCCUACAUCCUACCAUUCAUGAAUGAGAUAAGGUGUAACAUUUUGUCCAAGAGGGGGCGCCAAAACCAACACAAAUCAAAAGUUUCUGACAAGCGCUUUAACACACUGUAUUCCUUUACUCUCCAUAAACUUUAAGUCUGCUCGGAGAAAUUCUGGCUCUGUUUAACAGCAUGACUGUGGAAAUACUGUCUUUUGUUCAAUUAUUGGAGGGUAAAGACAGUGAGAUUAACAGAAGGGACACUUUCUGUCUAGAAACUCACAAUAUCACAGAGACUGACACUCACUAUCCACAAUGAAAUAUGUUUGAAUGAUUCAGGUUACUUCUUUCAUAAAAAAAAAAUGUGCUGCACAAGUCAAAAGACGACCUGAUUUUUCUGUCUUUAGAGGCUUAGUCAUGUGAGACCACAGGAAGCUGAAGUGCUCGCCACCUACAGUGAAGGCUUUAUCUGAAAGAGUGUAUGUGUGUGUGUGUGUGUGUGUGUGUGUGUGUGUGUGUGUGUGUGUGUGUGUGUGUGUGUGUGUGUGUGUGUGUGUGUGAGUCAUACCCCAGGAGUGUUACAGUGUUGAUAGAGCUACCCUUUUGCCCUUUUGUCCACACGUACUUGACCUCAAUGUGUCCUAGCCUUGCAGUCACGCCCUGAUCCUCUCAGCCACAGGCUGACCUUUCGCCAUGUUGUGGUUCAGCGUCAUGCGCUCACAAAUGAGAGCAUGUGUGAGGGCCUUGUUGUCUCGACACACUGUUUUUGUGUAUGUGCAUGAUGAGUCACCGAGUCCCCUGACAGCGAUAGUGUGGCUGUGUCUGCUUGCCCAAGAACCGGAUCCGGAGGGUUACAGAGACAAAUGGACAUGCAGGGCUGGAGGUCAUGCUGAGGAAAGAGCCCUCAGACACAAACACACAAGGUUUUUGUUGCCAUUGGUGACAGUGAGGAGAGUGUGGUUUGCUUGUUCAGAUAACACUGAAUGAUUUCCUCUAAUUCACUUAGAAAGUACAGGCCAGAUUUCCUGUUUCAGUUUAAUGGCAGAGUCAAGAUGGAGGACUUACAGAGGCGACACCUAACAAAAGUGCAUGAGCCUCGAACCCAUGAUGAGUUUAAAUCAGACACAUAAAGUAAAAAUAGAGUUAAAACUGCUUAUCAAAUUUGAUAAUUUUAUGAUUGAUGCACUUUUAUAGUUUAUGUUGCUCUACAUGAUCAGGAGUUGUCUCUGCUCUGUUAGUGGUGACGCUUUGGAGAAGUUUUAAUGAGCUUUCUGGAUAGCAGAGAUGGGAUAGAGUUAACAUUUUCACCAGAAAAGCCGGAAAUACAAGUGGUAAUAUGUAGCUGCAGGAGUAGUGAUAAUUGCUAACUGAAGUUUCCAACAAAAAGCAGCCAUACAUGCAAAACAUGAUAGAAGAGGUGAUUGUAACAAACUAAAAACACAGAGUAACUAUCAACACAAGUCAACUACAGUCAUAGGUAGAACAUCUACAGCUAGAUAUGCUUGGUCAUAUUUAAAAGUAACAAACUAUCUUGCUGUAAAUCCUGCAGUUGCGGCUGCCCAAUAACAUUUGACCCCUAAUAUGUGUAUUGGAUGUACCUACAAUUAUCCCAGUUAUCAUUUUUCUGUUCAACACCAUCAUCAUCAUCACUCUGUUAACAGUCAGAUUAAAUAUAACUUUGUCACCUGUUUACUCCUUUCAUUGAGCAUUUGGUCGUCAAACCCUUCACCGAUUCAAAGCUGCAAUAAUGUAAACAGAAAUAAAAAUUGUGAUAAUUCAAACAGUUGAAACUAAAGUCUUCUUGUAAAUGCAAGACGUGAAGAAGGACAAAGUGACCUCCUAAUAAAAACACAGAGCGGUGGGGGAUUUUAUAGGCAGGGAGACAUGGAGCCUUCCUGCUUGUUAAUUAGUCUUUGUGGGUUUGGAGUAAUUGGAUGAUAGAUUAUAAAAGAAAGGACUAAUGCUGUGCUCACUGGUAAUGUACCAAAUCAAAUCUGUAAUUACAACCAGCUGCCCUUUACAGAACCAAGCAAACCAACACACACAAGCUAGCAAACCGCAUUGAUUUGUUUGGUCUCUGAUAUAGAAGCACAACCAUUUGGCUAAGAGGGAGUCUCUCUCUUUCUGAAGUACAGUUUAAUGGCCCCAAACUGAGGUCAGUACAUUUAUUAUCUCAAUAGCUCAGUUAUUUUUUCCUCAGUCAGUCCUCUGGGACUCCAGUUUCCUCUUAUUUCCAUCAGGGAAUUGUAGUUGUGUUUUUAGGCUGAUCCUGUUUUAAAGACCCGAAAGUUCAUCUUUCAAUGGUAGUCAAAAUGUUAUAUUAUGUUGUAUAAUGGCAUAUUGUUGGUCAUUUAAAAGUGGGGUAAAAUUGUAACGGAAAAAUGAGCAUUGAUGAGUACUUUCAAGAAUACAGUAUAGCCUGUGCAUCUUAACUUGAAGUGACAAAUCCCCAGAUAACAGUUGUCUUACCUGAACCUCUUUAAGCCCCUUUUUUGUUUUUUUCAGCAAAAGGCUAGGAAAGAACAAAGCUUUAAGCUAAACUAUAUCGAUCUCCAAUUAGCUAUCUGGUAUUUGCAUUACAUUGGAGGAUUUAAUGGUUAAAAAUAACAAAUAUUAUGCUGAGAUGUUGGUGGAGACCAAAACAGGGCUAUAAGUGAAAUAAACAACAAUUCACUUUUGACACUGUUUAUGUUUGAGACAGAGGUCCAAAGCCUCCUCUGGACACACAACUAACAAGACGCUCAGUUUGAAUCAUGAAGUUAUUGGUAGCCCUUACUUGAGUUGAACCUUGUAUGUAUCAGAAGAAUUUCAAAACUAGGAGUCAAACACAGUGUCGUUUAUUUCCUCUAGGUAGCUAAACAAAAUGUCAGCAUGAAGUCCUUGGGGGAACUAUGGUCUAGUUUACAUAACACAUAACAUUACAAAGCCUUAAAAACACCCUUAAUGAAUCCUUUUCACAUCCAAAAUUACAUCCUCUAGAAAGACUUUAUAAAGGCCUUUGCUACACCUUUAUAAAGCAGUAAUAACACCUUUUAUCACACCCUUAAUAAAGCAGUAAUAACACUCUGUAUCACAUCAUUUAUUAAGCCGUCAUUAUAUCCGAAACUACAUCCUUUAGAGAGACUGAACACAAGCCUUUCUUACACCCUUUAUAAAGCAGUAAUAACACAUUUAUUAAACCCUCCAUAAAGCUGUUAUAACACCCUUUAUUGCACCUUUAUAAAACAGUAAUAGCACCAUUUAUUACACCUUCAUAAAGCUGUGAUAACACCCUUUAUUACACCUUUAUAAAGCUGUAAUAACACCCUUUAUUACACCUUUAUAAAGCUGUAAUAACAUCCUUUAUUACACCUUUAUAAAGCUGUAAUAACACCCUUUAUUACACCUUUAUAAAGCUGUAAUAACAUCUUUUAUUACACCUUCAUAAAGCUGUGAUAACACCCUUCAUUACACCUUUAUAAAGCUGUAAUAACACCCUUUAUUACAUCCUUUAUAAAGCUGUAAUAACAUCCUUUAUUACACCUUCAUGAAGCUGUAAUAACACCCUUUAUUAAAACUUCACAAAGCUGUAAUAACACCCUUUAUAAAGCUGUAAUAACACCCUUUAUUACACCUUUAUAAAGCUGUAAUAACAUCCUUUAUUACAUCUUUUAUAAAUCCUAAAAUACACUCUUUAUAAAGCCAUAAUAGCACUCUGUAUUAGACCCUUUAUAAAGCUUUCGUCACAUCUUAAACUACAUCCUUUAUAAACACCUUAUAAAAGCUUGUAUUACACCCUCUAUUACGCCAUAAUAAAACCCUUUGUUACACCCUUUAUUAAGCAGUAAUAACACCCUUUUUCACAUCCUUUAAUACAGCCUUUGAGAAACCCUUUAUAACACCAUUAAUUGCACACCCUUACUAUAGGGAAACAGCCUUGGACCAUGGAGGUCUUCAAGUUCUGUUUAGGAGAUUUCAGCUGGUCAUGAAACUGACAGGAACUAAUGAGGUAGUUUACAGUAUGCUGCAAAAAUAUAUAAUUUUUUUAUUCAUGUUUUACAGGAAAAAUUAUUGACAAGUGAUGCAUUUUAUUGUUUACAGAAAACAGAAUUUAUUUCUGUUUUUAUGACUAAUUGUGUUUAGAACUUGUCAUAAAUGCAUGAAGACAUACAAGCACAUUUUGGAAUUUCCAAAGAAGCUAGUCUUCAUUAUUGUUGGCAUCAAACUGUAAUACAAUGGAAUUUUGGAUGAAGAUAAAUAAUGGAUAAAUGAGGAUUUUUUUUUUAUUUCAUUGUUGUAUGACUUAUUUUGUCUGGGGGUUUAUGCUGCCAUUUAGUUGUUUUAUCAGGAAUGAACUUGAGUUUCCUGCAGCUUUAGUGGAGAUGUUCUGUCUGGGAAAACCAAUCUGUGAGAUAACAGAGUACAAAAUAACAGACAGAAAAAUCCAGUGGCGAUUUUUUCUCAAGCUCUAAAGUACUCUAAUCUGGCUCUGGUAAACACACAGUUUAUAUCAGUGUUCCACGUUAUUUGACAUGUUCUCAUACCGUAGUCUAUAAAUGUAACACACAGAGACAUAAAGAUUUAAGGAAAGGAACUUAUAUAACAGGAUUUAUCUGUCCUCGGCUCAGUCGGUUGUAUUGACUUGCUCUGCCUGUGAGUCAUCCCUCUGAAUUAUGAUGUGAUCCAAUGUGUCAUCUGUGCAUUUUCUCGCCACAUUUCAACAAAACGUUUCAUGUCAAGGCAGUGGGAGUAUCUGUUAUCUCUCAUGGUGAUCGUUCAAAAUCUCCAGACGGUCCCUGUUUUUUUACUUGCUGAUGUUACAGCCGUGGAAUCCAGCCUCCAUCACCUAAUCUACCCCCUCUGCAUCAUAUCAUCUGCUCUAUUCUCUAAUGCAUACCCUAAAAAGGACAGCAGGCCCGCAGGUUGGAUUAGGAUGUGGGCUCGCAGGGGUGUGUGGGUAACAGAGGGGUAUAUACAGACCCCCAUAAAUCCAAUCAGGGGUGUGGGUUCUGGGUUUGACCCUCUGUGGAUGCUACUGUCUCCUCCAUUGUGUGUCUUCUUCCUCUGUCUUCGUCUUUCCCUGACUGGACGCAAACAUGACUUUCUACAAACACUCAGGUAAAACCAAAGUAAUGAAAAGUGGAGGCAAGUUAUUUAAUAUUUAUAAGAAAUCUGGUACAAAAUGUGAGACGUGUCGGCAAAGAGUGAGAAUUUAAUGAGGCACAGAAGGCACUGUCCUAGAUUUAGAGCGAAUUUGUACAAAAACUUUAAAAUUUAAAACCAAAAAUUAGGCUAGAAAUAAACACUCUUCUUGCAAUAAUGCUUUCUUUUUUUCUUCUUUUUAAAACUUUAAAACUAGGACAUUUUGACGUUCACUUUUUAUUUAACUUUGCACUUUGUAUUUGCAACAACUAACUACAGUUUAACUUUAAAGGUUCAUUUAGCUAUUUACGGUAUUUUUGAUGUGCAGCAUGAUAGGCUAACCUCCUCUAGCAGCAUAACAAACAACUAUGAAGUCAAACUUUUAAAACUAAAAUCUAAAAUCUCCCUCUUUUCUGGGUGAUAGCUUUAUUAAUUCCAUCACACUGCUACACUUAGAUGAACAGAUACAGAUUAAGACAUCUGAUUUGGAGGAAAUGUAGAUUUUGCUCUUUUUCCAGGUGGAAACUCAUGCAGCUCAUUAAAAACUGUAUUGACUGUUUUGAGGAAAGGCUUCGCAUCAUCAUGGAGACACCUUUCGGGUGGAUCUAUGUAUGCAGCUGUUUUUUGUAUUAGAUCAAUACUUGGAGGGCAUUUCUCUCUCUCUUAAACUCAUUUAUUUUCGUUUUGUAACCAUUCUUGCUUUUAUUUUUACUCAUUUAAAUUGAUAUGCAUUGUUUCUAACUGGCUGAUGUUUUGAAGCAUGCUGUAACCUGUGUAUAGAAAGAUGUUGUAUUAAUUAAGUUUUGUUUACUAUCGUGUCAAUUUUAAAUUACUAGUUAUAAAAUCUUUGAUGCUUUUCUUCCUCCUGGUCAGUCUGAAUACCUUUGAUUUGUGUAGAUAAUUCAUCCCUGCUGUGCGAUCUCUUGGAUGCUGAAUGACCUGAGCGUUUUAAGUUACCUGACAUGUGUAAAUAUCUUUGUUCUGAUAGUUAAAGCUGUCAUCUGCUUUUCAUUUUCUUGAAUGUUAGUAAAAGGCAAAAGAAAAGUCUGCUCCAGAGGUUGCACUGUACUUUUCACAGCUAUUGUGUCAAAUUCUUCUAGUUUUGUGGGAGGACAUCUGUCAGGCAGCACUCAGCUGUUUUCCACCGGGUCUCGCCAAUAUAGCCAAUGAUUUGGCUGAUGUACACCGUCUGUCUUUGAUCCCGUCUCUCUGACUCACCUUUCUAAAUGGUCUCACGUUGACCUUUCUGUCUUCCCAAAGGGACCGCAGUGGUUUUCUCCACUCUGUCCACAGCUGAGUGUGGGCACAUACCAUGGCUGUUUGACGUGGGGCAGCUGUCGCGCUGUUACUCUCCAAAGAUUAAAGUACUGGAACCACAAUAGCUGCUUGGUCCCGGUAGUCAUCACUCUACAUCCAUCUCCAUUUGUCCGCUCUGGAAGGUCAAUGUACUUUAAAUAGAGGGGAACAUGACUGAAAUAGAUCUCAGGCUCAGUGAUGAGACCUGAUCACUGCGAGGUCAUGAUAUGUUUGGAUUUAUUAUGUUGGACUUGGUGUGUUUGUUCUGUUUUAGAGCAGGGAAAUCAACAAGUGUGGGCGGGUGGGGUGUGUGGGGGCUCAGUCUUGAGUCGUCUUUAUCCCAGAAGCACAGCUGCAGACAGCUCUCAUCCAGUCAUCCUCACACACACACACACACAUCAGGGGUGCAUACCACCCUCUCAGAGGCUCAUCUCUUUCUCCCUGCUGAUUACAACAUCCCACUUAAAUAGCUGUUUUCCCCUUGUGUAAAUAUUUUCCUUGUUCCCGUGGUAACUUGGAUGAAAUGCCAUUCCAGCCAUUGUGUCCUCCAUCGCUCCUGUUGAACUGGCUUGAUAAAAAUGAUAUCUGACGCCCUGGAUAAGUCGCAUUGUUGACACACUGUUCAGCUGCUCUCCCUCAUGUCCUGUGAGUAAGAGAGAGAGAGGCUUUAAAGUGAUGUAGAUAAGCAUAAUAUGUCCUCACACUCCACCCAAAUCACAGUUGUUCCAGGAAACUACUCCGUCUGCUCUCUGUGGAGGCGGCCUGUGAUGGCAGCAGGAAUGUUGAUGAAUUAAGGAUUGAAGCAACUCAGUUUAUUCAAAGAGCCAAUAAAGUAACCCAGUUAAAAUGCAGACAAAACAGUGAGCGUGGGCUGAAGGUGUGACAGGGGCAGACGGUCUAAAAAUAUGACUUAAGCUCUCCUGGGGGAGUUUGAUAAAAAGAAGUCUGGGGGUCAGGAAGUACGCAGACAACAGGCAGACAUGCGUGAGCUGCACUUUUACCUCUCCCUUCUCUCAACAGUUUGGUAUGCUGCUCUAAGAGAUUUAUCUUUUCUUUUUGUAUUUUUCAAGGCACAGAGGAUGAAAUACGAUUAGUGUCACAGGCAUUGUUGCCGUGAUCACAAAACUGUUUAAAAAAAGUUAAAGCUGAUCUUGAACUUCUGGUUUUCCUCCAAUAGUUUGUCAUGUUUUAUUAGGGCCCAAGCAGUGGGUGAGAGCCCUAAUAAAAUUGCAGGAGUUAUUUAUUAUUAUUAUUAUUAUUAUUAUUAUUAUUAUUAUUAUUAUUUAUUUAUUUUUUCUUUUCUUUUUUUUUUUUUAUUAACUUUAAAACUUUUACAUCCUCUAGAUGGGGUGGCAGGCGGGUUGGGCCCAGCUUAAAUUCCUGCCCCUAUGUAUAUGAAGAAAAAAAAUGUCUCGCCAGCACACCCAAUGUCUCUGGCACUGGACAAUUUGACACUAAACCUUUGUCUGAAUGUUGUAGCGCCACCUGAUGGCAGAGGUGAAUGUGUUUUUUUGGCAAAUGGCCUGUAACUCCUUUAUUGAUGGGAUAAGGCUGAGAUUUGUUCAGGACACACCUGAUGGGGAACCAGACAGGCAAGAAAAUCAGCACCAUGUUUUGUUAAACUGCGCCUAGGUAGCGCUAUGAAAUGUCUCAAAAAAGAUUUUAAAAAAUUGCAAUCACAAACAUUUUUUUCAUACUAUACUAUGAUAUUUUUAUCAUACUUAACUAAAAUAUUUGAAUCAUACCUGACUAUAUUUUUCAUACUAUUCGAUGAUAUUUUUUCAUUUAUUUUAUCAUACUAUACUAUGACAUUUUUUCAUCAUACCAUACUAUGACAUUUUUCAUCAUACCAUACUAUGAUAUUUUUAACAUACUUUACCAUGAUUUUUUAUCAGUCUUAACUAUGACAUUUUUAUCAUACAGGACUAUGACAUUUUUAAUCAUACCAUUCUAUGAAGUUUUUUCAUACUAUAAUGACUUAAUCAUACUUUAGUACUACAAUUUAUUAUUAAACAAUACUACAUUUUUUUUAAUCAUACUUUACAGUUUGACAUUUUUAUCAUAAUACAAAAUGACAUUUUUAACAUACUAUACUAUGACAUUUUUUUAUCAUACUAUACAUGACAUUUUUAUAAUACUGUACUGUCAUUUAUGAACAUACUGUUUUAUGACAUUUUUAUCAUGCUAAACUAUGACAUAAUAUACUAUGACAUUUUAUAACAUACCUUACGAUGACAUUUUUUAUUAUACUAUACUAUGACAUUUUUAUAAUACUAUACUAUGACAUUUUUGAACAAACUGCAAUAUGACAUUUUUAUCAUAAUAUACUAUGACAUUUUUCGACAUACUAUACUAUGACAUUUUUUAUCAUACUAUAUUAUGGCAUUUUUAUCAUACAAUACAAUUGCAUUUUUUAUUUCACUAUACAAUGAUUUUUUUUAAAACAUAGUAUACUACGACAUUUUUAUUGUGCUAUAAUUUGACAUUUUAAUCAUACUUUUAUUUGUUUUUUAUACUAUACUGUUAUAGAUUUGUCAUACUAUACUAUGACAUUUUUAUCAAACCAUACAAUGACCUUUUUCAAACUAAAAUAUGAAAUAUUUUUUUCAUAUUAUACAAUGACAUUUUUAUUGUACUAUACAAUGAAUUUUUUAUCAUACAGUACUUUUAUUUUUACAUACUAUACUAUGAUAUUUUUUUAUCAUAUUACCUUUGAUUUGUUUCACACUUUCUGAUUUUUUUUAUCAUACUAUACUAUGAUAUUUUGUCAUACUUAAAUUAGAUUUUUUUACCAUACUAUACGUUGACAUUUUCAUUGUACUGUGAUAUUUUCUCAUACUAUACUACGAUAUUUUUCAAACUAUACUGUGACAUUAUUUUUCCUACUACAAUAUGAUAUUUUUUAUUUAACUAUGCUAUGACUUUUUUAAAGGGACAUCUGUAAUGAAGGAUAAAAGGUAUCUGACAGUUUUCUUCUGUGUUCCCAUCAGGUCCCAGGAGCUAUCUCACCUCCACCAUGACUGAUCGCUUCGACUGCUACUACUGCCGCGACAACCUGCAUGGGAAAAAGUAUGUGAAGAAGGACGAGAAGCAUGUGUGCACCAAGUGCUUCGAUAAGCUCUGUGCCAACACUUGUGCAGAGUGCAAACGCCCCAUCGGUGCUGACUCCAAGGUGAUGAUGCAACGAAAAUUACACUUUCUAAAAACAUAUUUAAACUCUUAAUUUAAAAUAAUAUUUUUUAAGAUGAAAUAUAGAGUUUUUGACUUGACAAAGAAAUCAGAGACUUUUCUGAAGUACUAUACUACAAAAACGACAUGGUCUUUAUUGGAAAGUGCCUAUCACUAACCUCAAUUACAAAGAAAUUACAUAAAUAUCUACAUUUCAUCAUGGAUGUAUCGACAUAUUCAGACUCUGGAAAUGUGUAACAACUUUUCUGUCAGGCAGCUGUGACUUUUACUUCAAAACCUCCUUGGUCACAGAUGUUGUGAUAACCGCUAAUGAAGCUUAAACUCUUUAUAUCACAUUUGCACCAUCCAAGUCAUCCUAAUCUUCAUGCCUCGCCACAUCCCACUUCACCUCAUCUCAGCUGUAAUGCCUGACACAUGGGCCGGAUCCUUUCUCUGGCCCUGAUCCACGCAAUGGAGUAAACAAAGUCCAAUUUAAUUAAGUUCUUCACCUCUGCUCAUCCACCUCCCACUCUCUGUUUUUAGGAGCUGCACCACAAGAACCGACACUGGCAUGAGGACUGUUUCCGUUGCGCCAAGUGUUACAAGUCACUGGCCAGCGAGCCAUUCAGCGCCCGCGAUGAUGGAAAGAUAAUGUGCGGCAAGUGUGGCUCCAGAGAGGAUGGAAACCGCUGCCAGGGCUGCUAUAAGGUGGUCAUGCCAGGUGGGUUUGCUAUUGUAACUACUUAUGUAUUUUUUUUAAGGAGAUAUUUUUUUAUAUACCUACUUUGGGUUUAAUUUUAGUGCGACAGUCAGAGGAUGACAGUGGGAAGAAGGAAACCCAAACACAUUUAUGCCUUAUGUAAAGAAUCAAAAAUGGUAUGACACAUACAAGUCAGUACAUUACUAUACUGUACUAUGCAACACAAUAUAUUAGAAUACAUUAUGAUACAACGUGAAACAAUAUGAUACAAUACAAUAACGCUAAGAUACAAUACAAGAAUAUAAUAAAACAAUACCAUAUAUAUGAUAUGAGAGUACAGGGUGAUAUAAGAUAACACAAUAUGAUAUGAAAGAAUACAACACGAUACAGUAUGAUACAAUAUGAUAACACUAACAUAAGAUAUGAUAUGAGAAUACUAGAUGAUAUGAGAUAACACAAUAGUGAUAUGAUAAGAUGUAAGAUUCAGUAUGAUACGAUACAAAGUGAUAAGGUCCAAUGGAAUGCAAUAUGAAACCAUAUAAAUUUUGAUAUGAUAACAUAUAUUAACAUAUGAUAAAAUAUUAUAGGAUUCGAUACAAUAUGAAACGAUAUGCAAUGCAACGCGAUACAAUGUGAUUGGAUAUGUCAGCACAGUUUGGCAUAAUAGAUCAUAAGAAGAUAUGAUAAAAUGUAGUAAGAUACAAUAAACUAUGAUAUGAUACAUUAUGGUACAAUGCAAUACAAUAUGGUAUGUUAUAAUAUGAAAUUACUGUAUGGCAUAAUCAAAACAUCUGUAUAAUAUCAGAUAAAUUGUUGCAUUCGUUCUUUUAGUUGUCGACUUUAUUAAUUUUGAAAGUUUCUUUGUACUUUAUUUUACUUGUUUGACGUCCUCAUGGUUCAAAAGAAUAAGUCUGAUAGCAGAUCUGGCAAGGAUUUAGAGGCAUUUGAAUGUAAAUCCAGGGAUAAUUAAGAGAUCUUUCUGGCUUAUUUUUCCAAACACAGAUUAGUCUUAUGAAAACAUGCUGUCACAGUCCAGAUGACGCACUUUUGAGGAUAUAUUUCUUUGCUAAAAAAUGAUAUCAUUCUUUUAAAGUUUUAAUGUGAUGGUGGAUCAUUUUGUCAAAAAAUGAGUCAUGCUAGAGAAAUGAAUAGCAUUUGAAACCAAUUUAAGGGGCUUUAAUAAGGUUGAAGUAAAAAUAUCAGAGCCUGAAGCAUUCAACUAAAAGUCAUAAGAGGAUUAGGUCAUCUUUAUCCAUUCAAUCGUAUCGCAAAUGAUUCAGUUUGCUCUUAUGAAAUGCUCCUCUCCCACCUGACCUAUUCAGUCUGUAUCAAUUCCUUAUUCAUUGGAACCAUUGAAACAUUCAGUGUAAACACCACAAAGCUUUUUAGAGGAAACACACCCACGUGGGAGUUAUGGUGUACAGCCUUAAUAACUGCUUGUGUCUCAUGAAUGUGUUUCAGGAUCCAAGAAUGUAGAGUACAAGAACAAAGUGUGGCAUGAGGAGUGCUUCACCUGCUUUGAGUGCAAGCAGCCGAUCCGCACGCAGAGCUUCCUGACUAAAGGUGAGGACAUCUACUGCGCUCCCUGCCAUGACAAGAAGUUCGCCAAGAAGUGCUUCAAAUGCAAGCAGGUAAAAAGAUUUCGAUGGUGAAAAUUUCACACCCAGUGUAGUCUGCAGUCCACACAUUAUUUCAUUCAAUCAUAGACCGAUAUAUUAGUCUUUUAGUGUUGAAAAUCUGGAUCAAAGUGUUCCUCUGUGUCCCUCUCAGCCCAUUACUUCUGGUGGGAUCAGCUACCAAGACCAUCCCUGGCACUCUGAGUGUUUCGUCUGUAAAACCUGCAACAAGCAACUGGCUGGAGCUCGUUUCACCUCCCAUGAGGACGGUGUUUACUGCGUGGACUGCUUUAAGACUGACGUAGCCAAGAAAUGCAACGGCUGCAAGAACCCAAUCACAGGUAAGGGAACCAAAACGGACAAAUGCUGUUUUAUCAUUUCUGUUGCAAAUGUAUCAUAGUUGACUUAACCCUUCUCCUCUGUUAGGGUCUGCACCGACUUGCUUUUGAUUUUAAAUGCUUUAAAGAACCACUUAAAUUAGCUUUUGUGCAUCGAGACUUUUUGACAUUGUCAGGAACCUCUAUUUCAACAAAAUAAAAACAAAAUAAUUGAAUUGACUAAAUUAUAAAAUGCUCUUAUUAAAAUUAUAGCACUUGUGGUGUAAAAGUCGUUGUUGACCUGGUUGGAUCAAUAUCUAAUAAUUAGAGCAAAAACCAAAAUCAUAAGUGCACUGUCAGGCAUCACACUGACAGCCAGAUCCUCUUCCAAUCAUGUGAGAUUUAGGAAAUUCUCAUUUUGCCAAGUUUUCCCCUGCACAAAAAACAUCAGGCAUGUCCAGACAUGUUAGAUCAGUUCAGUAUGGAUGUCUAUAUGAGGGGUAUACUGACACAGAAAGGCCCAGAGGCCCAUGAAAAAAAAUAUUAUAAGAAAUAUUUUCAUGGAUAAUGAAGCCUAACAAGGUAACUUAAAGAUGAGGACCAAAUUGGAUGAAAAAGAAUUGUAGUUUAAUUUGCAGCUGAUUUAAGACACGGGUCAAAACUGACCCUUAACAUGGUGGGUGUGUAGUAAAAGCUAACACAGUAGGAAGGUUAAAUGUAAAAAGAGAGUAAGGCAGAACAUUAAAUACACUUUGUACUUGCAAGAAAAUUUCCUGCACAAUUAUACUAGCCUCUUACAAAUACUAUUCUUUAUUUAAGUUAAUUUUUUAUAGAAAUAUCAAACAUGAUGAAUUGUUUCAGUGCAGUAAAUUGCAGCACGAAUAAUCACACUUAUUUUUCUAAAUAGGUCGAAAAAUCUUUUGCUAAAUCAUAGAAAAGUUUAAAAAAGAUGAUGAAUUUUGUUUCUGUUAUCUUUAACAUCGUAUAUGUAUUCUCAGGGUUUGGCCAUGGCACCAAUGUGGUGAACUACGAGGGACUCUCCUGGCAUGAGUACUGCUUCAACUGCAAGAAGUGCAGCCUCUCACUGGCCAACAAGCGCUUCGUCAUCAACGCAGAUCACAUCUACUGCCCCGACUGUGCCAAGAAGCUGUGAAGCGCACCGUCAGCUCUGCAGGGAAUCCCUGUUUAAGAGGGGAGUCGCACCAAGACUAGCGUUUAGACUUGGCUUGCGAAAGAGGAUACAUUUGAGAGUUUUUGCUGUGUGGGUUUUAUGAAUUAGCUUAAAAAGUCAAUUUUGCCUUUAUGAGGAUAAACAGCAGGUUAUCUAAAAACAUGCACUAGCUUGGAUCAUUUAUCUACAGCGACAUUAUUACAAUAUUUCAGUGUUAGGGUAGGUUACUUACAUGGCAAAAUAACAGCUUUUGUUGAAUUGUGAUUAGCCUAAUCCAGGAUUCUGUGCCGCAGCCUGAAGCAGAAGCUUUUUCAGCUCCUUACUGGAAUCUUUCAGAGUAUUUAGCUUCUUAUGAGCCGCUGCUCAUUCAUAUCAGCUUUGAUUACUGAUCUAUUAUGUCUCAAUGUUUGAAGGGAUUAUGAGGCUGUUUUGAGUGGAUUACACUUCAGAGCGUCGAGACGGAAGUUCAAAUGAAACUGCUGGUGUAUUCAAUGCAGUGUGAAACUGAAUGUAAAACAAGAAUAAAGGAGGAAGUGAUCUGAAG